AAGUCCAUUUUGGUUGAUGUAAUUACCCGUAACCGCUGGGGUCGCCCUCUUUUACAUUUCCGCGUCUUCCAGAUCGUCUCUGUCAAUUCCAGUCACCUAAACUAUACUUACACAUCAACUUGUAUCUAUCUCUCUUCCUUCGUUUUACACAAAUCUCGCCGACCCAACUCACCUCAUAUCCCCAUUUUUACCGAUCCAGAGGGAGAGAGACAGAGACAGAGAGAGAGAGUUACUUUGACUGGCAAAACAGAUUAGUUGAACUACGCUGUUCUUCGGUGCCCUAGAAUUUGCUUAUCAAUGUACUGUUAGUAAUCGUGGUGUGUACUUUUAAUUUAGGAAGUUGUAAGGAAUGGGGCAUAUUUACUAUAUUGUGGUUGCGUUGCCAUGUACAGUUGGGGCUAUUGUGCUGGCUCUAGUGCAUAUAUAUAGGCACUUGUUGAAUUACACGGAACCUACAUAUCAGAGAUACAUUGUUCGGAUUAUCUUUAUGGUUCCUGUUUAUGCAUUAAUGUCCUUCCUGUCCCUGGUCAUAAAUGAGAGUGCUACCAUAUAUUUCAACUCCAUUAGGGAAAUAUAUGAAGCAUGGGUCAUAUAUAAUUUCUUGUCACUGUGCCUAGCAUGGGUUGGUGGACCAGGAGCUGUCGUAAUAAGUCUUAGUGGCCGCUUUCUGAAAUCCAAUUGGUGUCUAAUGACAUGUUGCUUUCCUCCUAUACCUCUUGAUGGGCGUUUUAUUCGAAGGUGCAAGCAAGGGUGUUUGCAGUUUGUGAUCCUUAAGCCCAUAUUAGUUGCUGUGACACUUGUUCUUUAUGCAAAUGGAAAGUAUCAUGAUGGAAAUUUCAGUGCAGGACAGUCAUAUCUAUAUCUCACUAUCAUAUAUACAUUCUCAUACUCUGUGGCAUUGUAUGCCUUGGCCUUGUUCUACGUUGCAUGCAGGGAUUUGCUCCAACCAUUCAAUCCUGUUCCCAAGUUCAUCAUCAUCAAGUCUGUUGUUUUCCUGACAUAUUGGCAGGGUGUAUUGGUAUUUUUAGCCGCAAAAUCUGGUGUCAUAAAAGAUACAAAGGAAGCUGCAGAAUUUCAAAAUUUUAUAAUUUGCGUUGAGAUGCUAAUUGCUGCUGUUGGUCAUCUCUAUGCAUUUCCAUACAAGGAAUAUGCUGGUGCAAACAUUGGCAUUUCUCGAGGGUUUUCAGAAAAUCUCGCACAUUCUCUCAAGUUAAAUGACUUCUACCAUGACACUGUUCAUCAAUUUGCACCAACAUACCAUGAUUAUGUACUCUACAACCAUAGUGAGAGUGAGGGGGAAUCAAGGAAGUAUCGAGCUCGAACUUUUGUCCCUACUGGACCAGAAAUGGAUACUGUCAGGAAAAAUAAGCAUAUGACUGGAAACAAGUUAGAAGACAUACAGCUAUCUAGUAUCUCAUCUAGUACUCCCCCAAACCAGAGCACCGUACAGGUUCUACAGGAUACCUCAAAAUCCGAGGCAAUGAACUCUUCGUUACUAAUGGAUGCUUCUCUAGCGGUGCCAUAUGACCUCACACUUGUUGACAUAGACAUGUCCAGUUAUUCGGGAGAGGUGCCUGCGGCUACUAAUGAAUCUGGGACAAGGUGACGAUGGUGUUUAGACCCUAAAUUGUAAUUUCUGGUCCAAUAGCUGUUCUUCAGUGCUGAUACUGUCCCCCUCCCCUCCUCCCCCUCAUUGUAUUGCUUUCCUGUUGUUUUCUCUCUAAUGUCAUUAUAUUUUGUACAUAAAGGAUACGUCUUGACACACUUACACAAAUGUAUGCUGCAAAAUGUACUGUAGACACGUAAGUAUAUUUGUUUUUACUUUGCAGUUUGUAUCAAAAUUAAUUUAAAUUAUUGUACCUUGACGCCGUAUGAGAUUCUCCCUGUGUGGAAUGAUAUCAUCUUUGCCUCA